AUGGCAUCCCGUACGGGACCACAGCCGGCAGCCAACCCGACCCAGCGCGAGGCUUCGUUCCCCCCUUUGACGCGCUCGGCCACCCUGCCCGACAUCAGCUCCUCGCCUCGCACCUCGCGCUCCCACCUGGCCCCCGAGGAUGCCUUCCUCGCCGCCUCGCCGCCCCGCCAGCUGAACGGCUUCGAGAGCAACGCGGCGUCCCACGACUCCGGCGCCGAGUCCCGCCUCCGCCGCCUGCGCUCCAAGCUGGGCAGCAGGAGCCGGAGCCGCCACAGGCGCCGGAGGCGCACCUGGAAGAAGAUCCUCUGGGUCAAGCAGUCCUUCCCGGACAACUACACCGACGCCACGACCUUCCUGGACAGCCUGCAGCGCAACCCUCGCCUCCAGCCCUACGAGUUCUGGCCCCUGGUCGCCGACACUACCGUCAUCGUGCAGCAGGUGUGCUCCGUCACCAUCUUCGUCGUCUGCUUCGUCGGCAUCUUCACCGAGAGGGUCUCGCCUGUCACCAUUGUGGGAUGGAGCAGCUUUGCGACCUUCCUGGGCUGGCUCCUGUGGGACUGGUGGAUAGGCCAGGAGGGCGAGGACGAGGUGCUGCAGAGGCAGAACAGCCUGCGCAGCCGGAGCGCGCGGCAGGCCCGGCAGGAGAAUGCGCGGAAUUCGACGGCGACCACGACGCCCUCGGCGGCGAGCUCGGUGACCAAUCUUGGGAGCACCGAGCGGACUCAAUCGCAGGGCAACCUCGUCGCCAUGCGCCAGCACCAUGGCGGCUCUGCGACGUCGUUGCAGUCCAGCACCUCGCACAACAGCCACCAAGGGCGCCAUGGCGAACCCCAGGACGGACCGAGUCACCGUCCAUCUUCCCCCCUCCGAGGUGGUCGGCUUGGCCUCCGGCUGAGCACCAUCAAAUCCGCCAUCCUCAUCUACUUCACCAUCCUGGGCCUUUCACCCAUACUCAAGUCGCUUACCCGAUCUACGUCACCUGACAGUAUCUGGGCCAUGUCGUUCUGGCUUUUGGCUAUCAACAUCUUCUUCUACGACUAUUCGGGAGGUGUGGGAGUCAAGUUCCCGGCGUCUCUAUCUACGAACGCCGCACUCAUGGCGUCGACGGUGCUCGCCUCCCGUCUUCCAUCGACCGGGCAGGUCUUCAGCCUGACCCUGUUCAGCAUUGAGGUAUUCGGAUUGUUUCCGGUCUUCAGGCGGUAUGCUAGACACCGGAGCUGGCAGUACCACGUUGCGCUGUCCGUGUUAUUAGUCAUCGGUGCCGGAGGCGGUGUAGGGUUGAUCCUGAGCGACAGGAAAGACGGCACGUUCCCCUGGCGAAGUGGGCUCCUAGGGGUACUGGUCGGUGUCCUGAUCGCCGUCAUGGCCAUGGGCGCAUCGAGUUGGUGGCUCAUAGGACUGCAGAAGUACAAGAAUGCCAUGAAUGGGCCAUGGGAUGCUGCAAGGCCAAUCAUCAUGAGUCGGAGGCAGUGGGACGAUGGCUGA